UUCUCUAACCUCCUGGGUCCGCCGUUGACGACGAGUGGCGCUUUUGCGGGCUCCUAUCUCCCAACCACCAGACUCCCUUCCCUCCUCUCUAACCGAAUCCCUCGACUUUCUCGACGCGAUUGCCACUCCAUAUAACCGAGGAUGCAGACGAUAAAAUGUGUUGUUGUUGGAGAUGGUGCUGUUGGGAAGACUUGUCUGUUGAUAUCAUAUACAACAAACAAGUUCCCGAGCGAAUACGUACCGACUGUGUUCGAUAACUAUGCCGUUACAGUAAUGAUCGGUGAUGAUCCGUACACUCUCGGGUUAUUCGAUACCGCCGGUCAGGAAGAUUACGAUCGUCUGCGCCCGCUGUCAUACCCCCAGACAGACGUUUUCCUCGUGUGCUUCAGCGUGACCUCCCCCGCCUCCUUCGAGAACGUCAAGGAGAAGUGGUUCCCUGAGGUGCAUCACCAUUGCCCAGGCGUACCCUGCCUCAUCGUCGGCACCCAAGUCGAUUUGCGUGACGACGCACAGGUGAAGCAGAAGCUGGCAAGGCAGAAGCAACAGCCGAUUCAGCCUGAGCAGGGCGAGAGGCUUGCACGCGAACUCGGUGCUGUCAAGUAUGUAGAAUGCUCCGCUCUCACACAGAAGGGAUUGAAGAACGUGUUCGACGAGGCAAUCGUCGCUGCAUUGGAGCCGCCUGUUGUCAAGAAGAAGCAUGGAAAGUGUGUCAUCGCCUAAACUGUUCGCCGCCUGUAUCCCUCCUCCAUGGACCACCUUCUACUUUCACCUCUUGCCCGUCUUCCCGCUGAGACCUGCUUGGCCGCGUAGGUGCACAUACAAGUGAGGAGCGAGCAGGCAGGUGCCGUGCCGUAGUAGGCAGUAGAGCAGGUCAUUGGAGCAUAUCCAUCCGCAUGUCCUAGGUUUUCAUCCUCCCGUUUACGUCCUGGUCUGUUUUUAUUUCACGCCUCUUGUUCAU